AACAUUUUCAAUUUGUUGUCUUUUUCUUUGGGCUUAUGAACUAAAAGCCAAUUUGAAAACAAUACUUUUAUACUUUGCAUUUGGAUGUGGCGGGCUAUUACGCGAGCGGCCGUGAACCUACCCGUACCCGUAACGCUGACGCAGCAGUUGCAACGACAACAUUCCACGAACCUCCACCUACUACAGAAAUUUAUCUACACUAACAAAGUCAGCGGCAUAACCAUGGCCAACGAGACACCAAAGGUCGUUUUUGUUUUGGGUGGUCCAGGAGCGGGGAAAGGAACACAAUGCUCCAAAAUUGUUGAUCGAUUUCAAUUCACUCAUUUAUCAGCUGGCGAUUUACUGCGAGAAGAACGCUCGCGUGAGGGCUCCGAGUUUGGUUCGCUAAUUGAGGAUUACAUACGUAAUGGAAAAAUUGUGCCCGUUGAGGUCACGUGUUCGCUGCUGGAGAAUGCCAUGAAAAAUUCUGGCAAAACGCGUUUCCUUAUUGAUGGUUUUCCCCGUAAUCAGGACAAUUUGGAUGGCUGGAAUCGGCAAAUGGGAGACAAAGCUGAUAUGCAGUUUGUUCUGUUCUUCGAUUGCAGUGAAGAUGUUUGUGUUCAGCGGUGUCUGGGACGUGGCCAGAGUGGUUCCGGCCGGUCCGACGACAACAUGGAGAGCUUAAAGAAGCGCAUUCAAACAUACAACAAUGAUUCAUUGCCCAUUAUCAAGCACUUUGAAAAUGACGGAAAGGUGAAGACCAUUGAUGCUAGCCCCGAUGCCGACAAGGUGUUUAGCGAAGUGGAACGUGUGUUCGUGGCUAGUGGCUUUUAAGAGCACCUCAAUUGCAAUUACUCUGAGUCUCUCUUAGUGCAUGAUUGGUUAAUUGUCCCGAUUCCACAUUUGUGGGUCGAUUUGUGUGUGCGUGUGCGUAGCAAGGGAUUCCCUUCAAUCCUAGAAAAUUAUGGCAUAAUUCUUAUCUUAACUGUUCUUAUCUAUCCAAAUUUAAAUAUACGCUUGUUAUGAUAUUAAAAAACGUA